AUGCAAUGCAGCCGGAUGGAUUUCAUUAACGGUGGAGACGGAGGCGAUGAUUCAAGAUGGCUAAUCCCGCACAACACGCACAGACCUCUGAAUGAAAUCCAAAACAGUGUGAAUGGACUGAGCUGGAAGGAGUGGGGGGGUGGGGGCAAGAUCCAUGGAGGGGGGGACUGCUGCAGCGCGCGCUCUAUAGGCUCUCCCCACGUGAACGCGCAGAGAUGCCGCGGCGCGCAUGCACAGCUGUUCAGCACCACGGACAGCGUCAGCAGCGGUAGCAUCAUCAGGGGGGCAGCAGAGGUGGAAGCUGGCACUGCAGACAAAAUGAUGUGGAGACGCGCCGCUCUCCUCCCUCGCAAUCCUCCACCACUGCAGCAUCAUCCGCGCUCUUGA